UACACGUUAUAAGAGCCGCCGAAUCCCGUCCAGAACAUAAUCCGACCUGCUGUCAUCCUGACGGAGGGAGGCGCGCAGAGAUCCAAACAUCCAGGGCGCCGCCGGUGUCGCCUCACAAGUGGACCCUUAAAACUCUUUAUUCCGACAAUGCAGUUAGAGAACAUCCUUCCCAGCGCCAGCAUAAAUUUACCCAAAACCUUUUUCAAUCUUUCCACUACGGACAGCGCCAACACCAGCCCGAGGCCGUCCUCGCAGCUUGAAUAUCAAGAAGUGGAUCGGACGGAACCAGAGUCUGGCAGCGCCCCGAAGAAGUACCUGAGCGGGGUGGGAAACGGGAUGCUGGGUGAGGGAGAGGGGGACACUUUCGCCAAAAGCGGCCCCGAUGGGAGGAAGGGCUCCCCGGUGCUCGGUGAGGACGAGCUGGCGAGUGUCCGACGCUACGACGAACUCGGGUCCGACAGAUACUUCAUCUCGUCGUCGCAGCCCAGCACCGACAUGGCAAACCCGUGUUCCCUCUUUCCUUACGCAGGACAGAACACUGGGUCUGUGUACAGCGGCUCCAGCAGCUCCCGGUACCCGGCCUCGCUGCAUUACGGAUCUGUCCUACCACCCGCGGGCUUCUCCUCUUCGUCCAUGUGCACCGGUCGGAGCCAGUUCAGCAGCGGGGGCUACCAGUUCAGCCAGGGCCCGGGCUGUUUGUACCCCUCCUACCCAGGGACCGGGACGGGUAUCGGCUCCAUGUCGUUGCCGGGAUCCACCGCCGGAGCCAGAGCGCAGGUGUACCUAUGUAACCGACCGCUGUGGCUGAAGUUUCACAGGCACCAGACAGAGAUGAUCAUCACCAAACAGGGCAGGCGGAUGUUUCCAUUCCUCAGUUUCAACAUUACUGGACUGAACCUCACGGCUCAUUACAAUGUGUUUGUAGAAAUAGUUUUGGCUGACCCGAAUCACUGGCGCUUUCAAGGAGGAAAGUGGGUCACGUGUGGAAAAGCAGACAAUAAUAUGCAGGGUAACAAAAUGUAUGUUCAUCCUGAAUCUCCAAACACCGGUGCUCACUGGAUGAGGCAAGAAAUCUCAUUUGGCAAAUUGAAGCUCACCAACAAUAAAGGAGCCAACAACAACAACACACAGAUGAUCGUGUUGCAGUCUCUUCAUAAAUACCAACCGCGCCUGCACAUUGUGGAAGUGACAGAAGAUGGUGUGGAGGACAUGAGCAACGAGGCCAGAACUCAAACCUUCACCUUCCCUGAGAAUCAGUUUAUAGCCGUCACUGCUUACCAGAACACAGAUAUCACACAGCUGAAGAUCGAUCACAACCCAUUUGCAAAAGGCUUCCGGGACAAUUAUGACUCGAUGUAUACAGCCCCGGAGAGUGACAGGCUGACUCCGUCCCCGACAGACUCGCCUCGUUCCACCCAAAUCGUGCCAGGGGCUCGUUAUGCCAUGCAGCCUUUCUUUCAGGACCAGUUUGUCAACAAUCUGCCUCAGAACCGCUUCUACGCUGGCGAGCGGACCGUUCCCCAGACCAACAGCCUUCUGUCACCACAGAGCGAAGAUGCCAGCGCCGCCGCCUCCGCCCAGCGCUGGUUCGUCCCUCCAGUGCAACAGCCAGGCUCCAACAAGUUGGAUCUUUCGUAUGAGAACGAUUACUCCACCAGCAGCCUGCUGUCCUAUGGUAUCAAGCCCCUCUCACUGCAGACAUCCCACGCCCUCAGCUACUACCCAGACUCGGCCUUCGCCUCCAUGGCUGCAGGCUGGGGCACCAGAAGCUCUUACCAACGCAAGAUGACCACAGGCCUGCCCUGGUCUCCCCGUCCGAGCCCUCCGGCCUUCCCGGAGGACCAGCUCGGGCCUACGAAAGACAAGCUGGCAGAGGAAAGCGCGGCGCCAGCCUCAGCCUGGAUUGAGACGUCCCAUGCGCUAAAAUCAGUGGACUCUACCGACUCUGGUGUGUACUCCAUGGUGUGUAAGCGUCGCAGGAUGUCCCCUGGGGGCUCCAGCACAGAGAACUCCCCAACCAUCAAGUGUGAGGACUUAACCACGGAGGAAUACAAGGACAACCCAAAAGGCAUGGGUUAUUAUGCAUUCUACACAAGCCCCUAAGACUGUAUUUAUUCAAACUAAAUAUGAAUCUUUUGUUUGUUAUUGAGUGCUCUCCAUUCCUUGAUAAUGUCUUUUUUUUUUCUCUCUCUCUAAAGGUGCCAAAGCUUAGUGUUCCCCCCCAAGCAAGCUGCACAAGGUUAUUUUGGCAGGCCAGCCCCUCUCACAUACCUGAGCAGAAACAUAGUGAUUAUUGGUUUUGACAGCACAUGUCCCUUUUUGAUUACUUUUGUUUUAUUUUUUUUUCCCAAAGAUGUGAUUUAUCCCUCCCCACCCCCUCCUUGUGUAUUUAAGUCAUUUUGUUGUACAGUAUUUGUGCACUUUAGAAUGUGAUGUAUCUUGUAUAAAGUGUCAUCAUGGAGGUGUUAUUAAAUGGAAAAUAAAACAGCAUUUCAUAAAGAA